AUGAGAACACGGUGCGAGCAGUCGCAAGUUAGCUGGGGCUGCCGCUCUCUCAGCCUGACUGGCGCGGUGAACGCUCCCAACAUUUUGAGCUUGACCAGUUCAUUUAGAUUGUCCCUGUUUGAGCUAGACCAGGUUCUGAACUCCUCUUUACAGCUAGGCGCAGCGCAACGAAGGAUCUGCCUGGUGCUGUCAGGGAUGGCGUGCCUGGAGUUUGCUGCGAGGACAACUCCUUGCAGCGUGUCUGCUCUCUGCAGGCCGCAAAGUAGGCGUUCACUGCACAACCAGACCCAGGGUUUUGAAAGUCUACAACAUUGUUGCCUCCUUGACAAAAGGGGUCUGAGUGCAGCAAGAUUGACUGCGGCAGCAGCGGGUCAUAGCUGCACCAUACAAGCAACCGAAUCAAAGCAGAGGAAGAAGCUCUCGUCCCGUCGGCUUCUGCUAGCGGCAACAGGCUUCGCACUUUCUGCAUCAGGCACCGUGGCGAAGAAUGCGGGUGUUGUGGCAGCCGCGAGCCUAGAUCCUAGUCUAAAUCCUUCCAGCGGUGCGCUUGGGACGCAACAGCUCAUUCUACCGAGCCCCCGCGAGACGAUCUUGCAGAUCCUGGAAGAAAGAGGGGGCAUAAAGAAUGGUGGCUGGGGGACACUUUAUGCAGAGAAAGAGGUGCGAGAGAGGCUGGAUUCUGCAGUGACAGCGUUACUGGCCGCCAAUCCAACGAGCAACCCAGGGGGCAAGAGCGUUGAACUGGGGCAAGGGACGUGGGAAGUUUUCCACGCCCCUCAUAUCACUAGAAUGUCAUCGCUCCUCUUUGGGGGCACCAAAUUCGACCCCAUCCUUUACAUCUUAAACGGAGGCCAUAUCGACAGUAACGUCCAGUACACAGCACCCCUGAUAGGCAGCGGGUGGCUUAGUGCGGCAGGUGACUUCCGGGGGGUGGAUUCAGAGCGGGUAGAGGUGUUCUUUGACUCAUUCUGGGUGGACAGAGGAGCAGACGGUCUGAAACCAAACCCAGCUGGAAAGGGCUCGUGGUUCGUCGACGGACUAAAUUCUGCUGGAAGAGCCCUGUUCUUCCCCGAGCUUUCCCGCUUUCCGGUCCUGUACCUCGAUCAAGACCUCGUUGUUUUUGAGUUCCCACCUCUUCGAACAAAGAUAGCAGCAGCACGGCUGAGCGGGACAUGAGCAGGUGUAACCGCAUCUCGUACGCUGAUCUCGCAUAAGGGGACGGCCAACAGAUCAUUUUUGCAAUUUAAAAUCUACACGUGAGUAGAUAUCUGACAUUGAGCAAGCGGUGAAGGCGGCUUCCAGCACGACAACUUCGUGCAAUUACUGCCUCGAACUCCAGAUUGAUUAGCGCCUUAGAACGUACGGACUCAACAUGUAUAACUAUGCAGCGCCGAGGAUGGUACAUAAUUAAUUUGACC